UUUUCUCUCUUUUUCUCUCGUACGUACAUCUUCUUCUGUAGUAAGUAUUAAAGUAUUGCCAUUAACGAUCCUAGGAAGCUCGAUCGUUCGACGAACGCGAGUCGAAAGGUCGAAGGGAAUGACGGUGGAUAAUAAAAGGCGGUGAGAAAUGCCUCCUUUAACUUGCGUGCGUGUAUGUGUGUGCGUGUGUGCGCGCGUGUGUACCAUACAUUAUUCGUCGUAUUUUUUUCUCUCGUUUUUGAAUUUUGAUAGAACGACGAGCCGAUCGUUCUAAGAAAAGUUCGACGCACGAGAAAGCACGAUAGCGUGCCAGCUGAUCGCUCGACGUGAAUCAUUCUCCCUUUCUCUCUCUCUCUCUCUCUCUCUCUCUCUCUUAUUCGAAGAUGACGCGACUAGAGACUAGAUCGUUUCCACGAACCACGCGUUCCUCUUUCUCAUCUGAUUCGCGACAGUCAUGCAUGGCUUCUUCUUAUAAAGUCGAUCGCGAAAACCGGUGGCGUAGUGUCGAGUUCGACGUCCCGUCGAGCACGCGGCCGGCCCAUGGCCGGCUGCUCGCUCUCUCUCUCUCUCGCUCUCUCGCUCUAUCGCUCUCUCGUUUUCGCGACGUAAAAACUUAGUGCUUCUGCUUUUAUUAUCGAGUGUAAUAGGAAAAUAAGAAAGUUAUUUUUAUCGUCGUUUCAUACUUUCAAGUUAUUCUCAAGUUGUUUUCGUAAACGUUAUACCCUCUCCAUCUCUCUCUCUCUCUCUCUCUCUCUCUGUUAUUUGGAAGGAACAGUAUCAUCUCGGAGGAGUUCUGGAGAAGUUGAAAAAUGUUGUCGACGCAUAGAAAAACGUGUUCCCUCGUGUCUCUGUCGUCCGGGAUUACGUCGCGUUGCUCUCGUUCCCGGAUCUUUAAACCAUAUCCGAAUCUCACCUUUGGCUUUAAUUUCGUCGUCUCUCGAUAGCGAGACGAUACCGUUUCCGGUGGAACGCUGCGCUCGUUUCGUCGCGUCUGAGUUGCCUAGUUUCGCCCUUUCGUCCCCUCUUCGUACUUACCCGGGAGACCGCCGACGAAGGUCUUUCGUGGGAGACGAGCACUUUGGAGUACCGGCCUUGUUACAGCAACAUCGCCGGUCGGACGUGUGUCUGUGUGUGUAUGCGCGCGUGUACAUACGAAAAUAUAUGCGUGGCAUUCGGAUAAAAGAAAAUAUUCCGGAGCAAAGUUUCUUUUUUCUCCUUUUCAAAAUUCCCGCCCGAGAGAUUCUACGUCGACGCCAUUUUUCAUUCCUUGAUUAUCGUUCUUCGAUGAUAACGUUUCGUCGUUCGCGUGUCGGUAAUAGAGCAAACGCUUUGGAAUGUUACGAUCACCCGAUAAAGGGAUAAGACAUCAAAUGCAGAUAUACGCGACCCUUGGCCAAUCACCGAAAUAUUCGAGCCGAUGAAACCGAUCAAGAUUCAAGUGUGAGACGAAAUUAAUCGAACGUAAUCGCACAUAUCGUCCAUUCUUCCGGUAUACUUCCUUCGAGCUUACGGACCUAGAAGGAGAAUGUAAUAUCGUCGGUAAGGAUCAUAAUGGGGAAUCUUUGUUCUACAUUUUAGUCUCAUCGUCAAAGGAUUUCGCAGGUUUUUUUUUUUUUCUUUGUCAAAGAUUCUAUCGUUGUCAUCGACUUUGCCACUAUUUAACUUAAUUAUCACGUAGGAGAUUAUGCCGAUGGGAUGUGAAAAUUUGCACAAAUUGUCGCGAGUAUGCAUAUGUGUACUCAUUAACGAUACAAAUCUUAUUUGUCUCUCUGGUAGAUGCUUGGGAGCGGAGGAUGGGAAGGGGGAGGGAGAGAGAGAGAGUCUACGGUGAACGGCUUUUGUUUUGAUAACACUACGAAUUUCGGUGUACGUGAACGUGCACGCGAGCGCUCGUAACUGUGUGGGUAGUCCAACUCCGAACUCGAUCUCAUAGAGCAAACGACGUUAUUCGUAGUCUCUCUUCGCCUUUUCGACUAUAUAAUUAUCGCUCGAUACGAUAGCAAGCGUAUCCAAUGUCUCUGCGUUAUCUAUUUUUCUCUCAUUCAUCGUUCCGGUAUUUUUUCAGGUUGUACAUAACGCGCGUUACUCCGGUGAUCGUGCAUUCAAGUAGAUAGAUAAAUCUUUGACUAUCGAUAAAACGCGCGAGAUUCGAACGCGUUGGCGGGAAAUUCGUUUCCUCGAUCGGUCGUACGAGUGACCGAACAGCUCCUCGUUACACAUAUACGUAUGUAUAUGACAUUAUACGUAUAUAUGUGUAUAUAUGUAUAUAUGCAUAUAUAUAUGUACGUACGUACGCAUGCACGUAUAAAGUGAUUUUAUCAAUCGAACGUUGCACGAGUCAACCAGAGGAAUAUAAGGACUGUCUUCUGACAAUGGACUUAGUACUAUUUGAACUUUGGAGUAAAACGAACGAACGUGCGAUUACUGGUCUUCCCGGUUUUUCAAAAACAUUGAAGUUUCUUGAAGGACGAUUUUCAAUUACAAAGAUUGCUCGUAGAUGGUGCAUCUCGAAAAUAAGUUGUUGUUUUCGCGUAAGCGUCAUAACUUCGAUAGAAAAAAAAAGAAAUAAAAAAAGAAGAGCUGUACUUCGGGUGAAAAAGUUGGCUCUUUCGAAAUUAAGUAACGCCUUGAAUUUGAUAUGUCUUCAACGCACGACGAUCAGAAUAAUUUGUGGCGGAUGUUAUUAGAGGAGUACUACUACCACCACUAUCGUCACUACUACAUUCAAGGUUCGUACGAUAUAUAAGGGCUUCAUUACGUUUACAAGAUGUUUCGGAAAGGCGGUGAAGGGCGACGAGGGUCUCCCAUUAUACGAACGCAGGUGUCGGUGCAGAUGUCACGAAGCAGACGGUGUAUGCCAACGUACAUAUACAUAUACGUACUUUUUCUCUCUCCUUCUAUAUAUACAUAUACGUAUAUGCGAACGUCAUUUCCACCGCUUAGACCGAAAGAGAGAGAGAGAGGAAGAAUUUUCAUUGAAAGACUUCUAGAAAACUAUAUUUACCUUCCCGUCGAAAAGAAGCUACUAUAUCACCAGCACGCAAGUGUGCUUCUUCCUUCCUUCCUUCCUUCCUUCCUUCCUUCCUUUCUUUCUUGCUUUCUUUCGUUCUUUCUUUCUUUUUUUCUUUCAUUCGUUCGUUCGUUCGUUCGUUCGUUCGUUCGUUCGUUCUUUCUUUCUUUUUUUUUCUCCGACGUAUUUCGUUUCUAAUCGCCUUCGCUCCUUCCAGGUCUUAAUCAGGAAAGACAGGACGGGAAUUAAUAUUUGCCUGUUUGCUUUGUUUUCUUUUUCUUUUUUCUCUUUUUUUUUUCCUCCUUUAUAAAUUUUCAAAUAUAAACGGUAAACAUAGCCGAAAUGUGGUGAUGGCUGGAAGAUCUCGACGUCCGAGCUCUGAGCUCGGACCGGAUCUCUCAUCUCCGCAUUCGAAAAAACUCAAACUAUCGGAACUACCUCAAGAGGUUGCGUCUUACGUCACGGUUGAUGAGGAAGAUAAUGUGGAAAAGGAGUUAGAAAGUAGCGAAAGGAUAACUUCAACGCCAAACGAAGAAGAACGUGUCUCUGAAUCGCCAAAGGACCUCGAAGGAAAGAUAUGUGCUACCGAAACACGACGUGACCUUGAAGAAGGACUAAAGAAAUUGUCACAAGAGUCACAAAACGUUGAAAAGGAAAUAGUAAAGUUUGCAGAAACGCCAAAAGACGUCGAAGAAGAAAUUAAUCUUUCUGAAGUGACAGUUAGUGCAACGGAAUCACCGGUAGAUGAAGUAAUCCCAGGACCGUCCUGGAAAAGUCACGGCGUUGUUCUAAAGUCUGAAGAAAAGCAUACCCAUCAAGGAACGUCCACUUUUGACAUGAAAACCACCGAAUUGGAUUCCGCAGUAGAUAUACAUACAUCCUUAAUGGGGGAACAUGCGUCGUACGAGGAAUUAUCUUAUAUCGGCAACGGUGCUUACGGUACCGUUUAUAAAGCGAAAGAUUUAACCAGCGGUCAAGUAGUUGCGCUUAAAAAAGUUAGAGUACCAUUGACGGAAGAUGGGUUACCUACUAGUACUUUAAGGGAGAUAGCCACGUUAAAACAGCUUGAAAGAUUCGAACAUCCACAUAUCGUCAGAUUAUUAGACGUAUGUCAGGGCAAUUAUCAUCGGUUGCCUUCCAGCGACGAAAGAUCUGACAGAUUGAAUCAAGGAUUAACUCUUUGGUUAGUCUUCGAACAUGUGGAACAAGAUUUGGCAUCUUAUUUAUCAUCCUGCCCAGAGGCAGGCAUGGCAGCGCAUCUUGUAAAACAGAUGUCCAAGGAGAUCCUGUCCGGUGUUCAGUUUCUUCACAGUCACAGGAUUAUACACAGGGAUUUAAAGCCGCAAAAUUUAUUAGUCACGAGGGAAGGAAGAAUAAAGAUCGCAGAUUUUGGUUUAGCCAGAACAUAUGACUUCGAAAUGAGAUUGACUUCUGUGGUUGUAACUCAAUGGUAUCGAGCGCCAGAAGUGUUGUUAGGUUGCUCUUACGCAACUCCCGUAGAUACAUGGUCAGUCGGUUGCAUUCUAGCUGAGCUUAGUAGGUUGAAACCAUUAUUUCCAGGCACCAGCGAAGGAGACCAAUUGGAUAGGAUUUUUCGAAUUAUCGGUACACCAUCGGAGGUAGAAUGGCCGAAAAACGUGUCGCUUAGUUGGAGUGCUUUCCCUGAUAGACAACCAAAGCCUUUAAGUGAUGUUAUACCUAAUCUCGAUGACGACGGAUUGGAUCUUAUCCAAUCUUUACUUAUGUUCGAUCCCCACGUCCGUUUGACUGCUACUCAGGCUUUAGAGCACAAAUACUUCAAUGAAAACGACACGUAAUCGCUUUUUUAUUGUUUAUCAAAUUGAAAAAGUAUGUUUAGACUGAUGGAAUUAUUUUUAGGAAAUGUAAUUUAUACGAUAAUAUCCAAAAUUAUAUAUAGGUAUAGAAAAAUUUUGGAUAUUAUAAUUAUCAUUUUUUAGGUUGUAACAAUAUCAUUUUCAACCACAUUAUAUUAUGUAAGACGUUUAAGUAAUUGUACAAGAUAUACCCAAGACUUGAGCUUAGUUAUAUAUUAUUUUAAUCUAUCUUUUAUAUACCAAUUUAGGUAUAUAAUAGUAAUAACGUAUAGUAUUUAAAAAAAGGUAUUUUAAAAUAAUUCGUAAUUAACGUUUAAGAAUUACGAUAUUUUCUAAAAACACAAAGACCAUGCUACUUUUGUAUUUUCUAUGAAGUGACAAAUUUUCCUAAACUUCUGCUACGCAUAAAUUAAUUAGUUAUGAACUAAUAGUAUUUAGAUUCGUUUAAUUGAAUCAUAUACUUAAACGCAACACGCGCGCACGCACACACACACACAUGUUAUAGUAGGAUAACUUUUAUAAGACUGGGGCCGUUUGACCUAUUAGAAUCAUUGAAAGAUUUAGGAUCUUUCAUAGGAAACCAGAAAAGACACUGCCAUAUCUUGUAAUAUAAAUAGGUAGUUGGAUAUAUUAACACUAAGAUUGUAUUUUAUGUAAGAUAUUAGUUAUUAACGUAUACAAAUCAGCGGUAUAUAUUUAUAUGUAUAUGUGUUACGUACACCUAAGAUAUAAGAUAUUAUAAUGUAUUAUUACAAAAGUUAAAAAGACUGUAUAAUAGAAUAAAAUCAUUUUAUAGUUUUGUAAAUUAUUAAAA